AUGCCGAUCAAGAAGAAGGAGGAGCCCGAGGAGGCCAUCAGCGCCUUUGAGCGGAUGCGCCGGGAAAACAUCGCCAGGAACCAGAGCAUCUUGAAAGACCUGGCACAUACGUCAAACAAGAUUAUGCCUGCGAAGCCGAAACCUGCUCCUAAACCCCGCUCCGCUCCUGUCAAGAGGGAGGCAGCAGCUGCCCCAACCGGCCCUGUCCGUCGCAGUGCCCGCGUCGCCGGGCUCGACGCCGACAACGAGACGCUCAAGCGCAAGUACGAGGUCGAAAUCGAGGACCAAGCUGCCAAGGAAAAGGCCAAGAGGAAGCGUGUCGGCGGCACCCUUAGUCUGGGCGACAUCGCCGUCGAGGGCAAAAAGUUCAACAAGGGCAUCGAUGGCCUGCGUUCUCUGGUGCCCCGCGGCGCCCAGCCCGGUGUGCCGACCUUUACCGACGAGGAUAUCGAGAACACGUCCGACAAGGACCUCAAGGAACUGAGGAGGAAGAUGGGAAAGUUGGAGCUCUACGACAAAUGGAUCCCCAACGACAUCAAGAUCUGCCCUCAACGGAUAUACGCUUCGACCUUCCACCCUACCGAGGAAAAGGCGCUCAUCUUCGCCGGCGACAAGGAAGGAGCCCUCGGCGUCUUCGACGCCUCUCAGGACGGCCCUCCCGAGAGCAACGACGAUGACGACGGCCAAGAGGUCGAGUGGAAGGAACCCGAGAUUGGCGCCUAUAAGAUCCAUUCACGGACAAUCACAACCAUCAUCGUCUCGCCUUACGACCACCAAAAAGUCUUGACCUCGUCGUACGACUCAACCAUUCGUGUCCUCGACCUGGCCAAAGAUAUGUGCGUCCCUGUCUGGGAGCCCGCGGACAAGGAGGAGGAUGUCCCCCUGUCGGCCAUCGACGUCCCCCUCACGGACAAGGAUCUCAUCUACUUCUCGACCCUGGGCGGCGCCGUGGGCAAAGUAGACACGCGAGACCCCAAGGGAUUUGAGACAUGGCAGCUGUCGGAUAAUAAGAUAGGCGGCUUCUCUCUCAAUCCCCGGGAGCCGCACCUGCUGGCGACGGCCUCGCUCGACCGGACCGUCAAGAUCUGGGACCUGCGCAACAUCAAGGGCAAGGGCGACAUGCGUUUCCCCGCGAUGCUCUACGAGCACGACUCGAGGCUCUCCGUCUCCCACGCCUCCUGGAGCCCCGGCGGCCACAUCGCGACGUCGUCCUACGACGACACGAUCAAAAUUUACGACUGGGCGGACCGCGCUGCCUGGGACAGCAGCGACGGCAUGGAGCCCAAGGAGGUUAUCGAGCACAACAACCAGACCGGCCGCUGGGUCACGAUCCUCAAGCCGCAGUGGCAUAGGAGGCCCAGGGACGGCAUCCAAAAGUUCGUCAUCGGCAACAUGAACCGCUUCGUCGACGUCUACGCCGCCAACGGAGAGCAGCUAGCCCAGCUGGGCGGCGACGGCAUCUCGGCCGUCCCUGCCGUCGCCCAGUUCCAUCCCACGAUGGACUGGGUCGCCGGCGGCACCGCCAGCGGGAAGCUCUGCUUGUGGAUGUGA